AUGUCGACAUGUUCGGAAUCGACACAAACUGUGCCCAACACUUCAUUGCCUGUCAUAGAUUAUAAUCUACUCGUUCAAAAAGAUUCGACAGAACUCAAUAAACUUUUUAAUGUCUGCAAACAAUUGGGAUUCUUCUAUUUGAAACUCGACAAUCAAUUAGAUCCAGCUCGUAUAUUUACUCUUGCCGAAAAAGUCUUUGAACUACCAUUAGAUACUAAAAACGAAUAUGCAAUGGAUGGUAAAAAUGGAGUUUAUUUUGGUUACAAAGCCGAAGGAAGCAUGUAUGCUGAUAAGAAAGGUACUCCAGAUACUAUUCAAUUUUGGAAUAUUUCAAAAGAUGAAAUUUUUAUACAAGAAAAAACUAAAUUUCCUCAGGUCAUUCUCGAUGCAAAAAAUAUCGUGCAAGAAUAUAUGACAAAAUCGCAUGGUAUUGUAAUUGUUAUUCUUCAGAUUCUGUCGAUGAAAUUGGGACUAGAUGCAGAAACUCUUCCUAAUUUGCAUAGAUUUAUGCAACCUAGCGGUGAUCAAUUACGACUUACUAAGUCUACUAUGUAUCCCGUCCAAACUCAGGAUAAAUCAGACGUUGCUUUCGGUGCUCAUACAGAUUUUGGAUCGGUAACAAUCUUAUUUAAUCGUUUAGGUGGUUUACAGGUACUAGCAGCAAAUGGAGAAUGGUUUAAUGUUAAACCAUUGUCAGGACAUGCUAUUGUCAAUCUUGGUGAUGCUAUGGUCAAACUUACUGGUGGUAUUAUGAGAUCAAACAUUCAUCGAGUUGUAACUCCACCUGGACUCAACGAGAUUGUAGAUCGUUAUAGCAUCGUAUAUUUUUCAAGACCAGAAAAUGAUGUUCCAAUGAAAAGCCUUCUUAGUGGUGAAAAAGACGAACAAACCGAUGAGCAAGUGUUUACAGCUCAAGCGUGGAUUGCAAGACGAGUUAAAAAUUUUCAAACUGAAAACUAUAAGAAUGAGGAAACAUACGAGAAGAGCAGAGGAACAGAAAAUAAUCGUGAAUCGAACGUGUCUACAUAG